AUGAUGCCGAAACGAGACAAAGUUGAACUCGCUUAUUUAUACUUCGUUCCAAAGCCACAUAAGGAAGGAACUCCACUGCGACCGAUUGUAUCAUCAAUGAAUAUGCCAACAACUGGCAUUUCUAAAUUUCUUGAUCGAUUACUUCGACCGUUAUUUGAUAAACAUGUUCGUUCAAUUACAAUUAUCGACGGUGUUGAUCUCAUUCGUCGUCUCGAAACAUAUGCGGCAAACGGCUAUCUGAAACCAACAACUCAUCUGUGCACAUUCGAUAUCACAGAUUUAUACACAACGUUACCACAAAAAGAAUCUCUGAAUAUUCUAACCGAAUUUCUCCUGGAACAUGGAUACCGAAAAGUGAAUGGCGUACCAAUUGAUGCCAUUCGGAAAUUAGCUCGUCUUGUCAUCACAGAAAAUGUGUUCACCUAUGAGAAGAAAUUCUAUCGACAAGUCGUCGGGGGUCCGAUGGGAUCUGCAUUCACUUUAACGUUGGCGAAUAUAUUCAUGUGGAAAUGGGAAAAGGAAUUUGUCCAACGACAAGCAUCUUCAAACGAAAUCUAUGGCCGAUAUAUCGAUGAUGUCUUUUUCACUUCAAAUGAGCCAUUAGACAAAGUUAAUGAAAUGCUAGAUACGGCUAACAAUUGGCACUCGAACAUUAAACUGGUGCGCAACAUUGGAUGUGAUGUGUCAUUUUUGGAUGUUCAUAUCGAAAACAAGAAUGGCACCUUGACAACAUCAGUUCAUCAUAAGGAAGCAGCUGAACCAUAUGUGGUACCGUUUACAUCUGAUCAUCCGAAACAUGUAUUCGGAAAUAUCAUUCAUACUGCUCUUUUACGGGCAGUUCGAUACUCCUCAACAUUAUCAGUAUUUGAACACGAGCAACGGUUCAUCAAAUUGAUGUUAUUGUAUAACGGCUAUCCGCCUCGAUUUAUUCAUGCACAAUUCAAAAAGUUCGUCCAUCAGAACGAAGCUGAUCAAAGCAUAGUUGACACGUAUCGCAGUGAACAAGAUUUCGUCAAGAAACGUCGUGAAUUAUUGAAUAGACCUACUAUUCAGGAAAUUGCCAUACAAUCAAGUAUUUCCAAAGCAUCAUGUGGCUCCAAUGAAGAAUCCAUGAGUGAAUCCAUGGUUCAAUUCCAUAAAACAGGCCCAUCGAAAUGGAAUUCAAAUGUGAUUAUCCAUUACUCAUAUGAAAGUCGACUGUCUAAUUACAAAAUGGAUGUUCAUCAACUAUGGAAUGAACACUUUCGUCAAACUCCAGUGAUCAAUACACGCCUGAUCAUAGGAGCCAAAAACAAUCCCAAUUUGAUCAAACGACUUCUACGACGCCGAGCAAAUAAUCAACAACGAGCACAGAACGAGAAAAGCUGA